AUCAUUUGAACGAAUGGCACCUGUUGCGUUCAAAGGGAAGCCGGGAGGCCAGUGCUGCUGGUCGCGUGAAACCAUCGCGCGCUUAGUGAACCACAUACAUCUAAAACGCGAGGUUACAGAGUAACAAUAUCCGUCCAUCGACUCACAGCUCAAACAAACGGUGCCGCGUUAGACAAGGAACCGCGUAUCUGUCUAGAUAAUCUGCUUCUGGGAGAAGCACAUGAUUGACUGAAAUAAUUACAGUGGGAGUGUGCGGUGAGCCACCUGCUGCCACGUGGAUCCAGCAGGGCGAAGGAAGGAUCAGGUGCAGAGGGUGUUUGUUGUCAGUUUGAUGAUCAAGAUUGGCCAACAGAAUGCGUCUGAGACGUCGUCUCUCCCCCCUGAAGCUUACUGUUCUGGGUGGCACACUUUUUAUGGUCAUUCUGGUGGUGCUCCAGAGGGAUGUUGGCAGCGGCUCGCUUCAGGACCCCUGGCUACAAGAUCUCUCUAACAAAAAGGAGAGGGUGUUCGAGAUGGUCCGCGGGGCUGUCAAUAACUUUGCCUUCCAGAUCGGAGCCCCACAGCCCCCAUCGGUGGGAGUGGUGCCCACCCCGGACCAAAACUGCCCCCCGGGUUUCUACACUCAGGUGGAUCUCAAACCGUGGAUUGAGAGACCUCCUCAGGACCCUCAAGCACUGGGAGCCAAUGGCUUAGCCUUCCAGAAAGCCAACAUGACUGCGGAGGAGGAGAAGGAAAAGCAGGAGGGCAUGACCAGGCACUGCUUUAACCAGUUUGCCAGCGACCGAAUCUCUUUGCACCGCAGUCUUGGAGAUGACACCCGUCCACCCGAGUGUGUUGAGCGGAAGUUUCGCCGAUGUCCUCCACUCCCCACCACGAGUGUGAUCAUUGUGUUUCAUAACGAGGCAUGGUCAACACUUCUGCGCACCGUGUACAGUGUGCUGCACACCUCCCCGGCGGCCUUCCUCAAAGAAAUCAUACUGGUGGAUGACGCCAGCAUGGCAGAACACCUCCAUGAGAAGCUGGAUGAGUAUGUGAAGUCACUGAAGAUCGUGAAGGUAGUGCGUCAGCCGGAGAGGAAGGGCCUCAUCACCGCGAGGCUUCUCGGAGCCAGUAAAGCUCAGGGAGAAAUCCUUACCUUCCUAGAUGCUCACUGUGAGUGUUUCCAUGGCUGGCUCGAGCCUCUCCUUGCUCGCGUUGUUGAGGAGCCCACUGCUGUGGUGAGCCCCGAAAUCACAACCAUUGAUUUAAACACUUUCCAGUUCCACAAGCCUGUGGCGUCUGCUCGUGCCCAUAACAGGGGCAGCUUUGACUGGAGUCUCACAUUUGGCUGGGAGGCCAUUCCAGAUUACGAGAACGCUAAACGCAAAGAUGAGACGUACCCAGUAAAAACUCCAACAUUUGCCGGUGGUUUGUUCUCUAUAUCUAAGGCCUAUUUUGAGAAAAUUGGGACCUACGAUGAUAAAAUGGAGAUAUGGGGUGGAGAAAACAUCGAGAUGUCUUUCAGGGUGUGGCAGUGUGGCGGACAGUUGGAGAAUCCCUGCUCCGUCGUGGGUCAUGUGUUCCGCACCAAGAGUCCUCACACCUUCCCCAAAGGUACAGAGGUCAUUACACGUAACCAGGUGCGCUUGGCUGAGGUGUGGAUGGAUGACUACAAGCUGAUUUACUAUCGCCGCAGCCAAAGUGCAGCUAAAAUGGCAAGAUGGAAAAACUACGGUGAUCUAUCUGACCGUUUGAAACUCAGAGAAACCUUACAAUGCAAGAACUUUUCUUGGUACCUAACCAAUGUCUACCCAGAAGCCUUUGUCCCUGAUCUCACCCCUGUCAAGUUUGGAGCUCUCAAGAAUAGGGGAUCACAGCAAUGUCUGGAUGUUGGAGAAAGUAACAAUGGGGGAAAGCCUGUGAUUAUGUAUGUAUGUCACAACAUGGGCGGCAAUCAGUACUUUGAAUAUACAUCACAUAAGGAGCUGAGGCAUAACAUAGGGAAACAGCUCUGCCUACACGCGUCUCCUUACCCAGAGCCAGUGAAGAUUGAGCUCUGUACGCUGAAGGGCAAAGGCAGCAGUUUGACUCCGGAACAAGAAUGGGUGUUCGCAGAAGAGGACCUGCUGAAAAAUCCGUCCUCUGGAAAGUGCCUCCAUAAAAAAGGAGACAAGAUAUUAAUGAGCCCCUGCAAUCCAGCAGACCAUCACCAGCAGUGGACUUUCAGUUGACCUCACACUCCAGUCGAGGAGCAAGGACGUUCACUCCCAUAAGACCCACGAGGGAGGACCAGCAGCUACAGCUCAGGCUGACAAACUCACUGUAGGCCUGAGCGGAUGCACUGGGAGUUUAUUGGAUAGUUCAUAUCCAUAAGCUCCUGAAGACAUUAUGAUCAGACUGGGGUCAGGAUGCUCAGGGAAAACAGUGGAGAUCAUGCACAUCAACCCACUGGAGCAUUACAGCGUGAACAAUCCAGCAGCUAGAUUGUUUACUUGAUGCAAUUUAUUGCCUUAUUGAUGAUGUUUACUGCUGCUUUAAAAUGGUGUAGGUUUUAUUUAUUUUUAAAGAAAUGGAAAACUAAAUAUUUUUGGAACAUUGUUAGUGUUAAGGCCAAUGAACGGCCGGCCUUGCCAACUAUACAUGUGAUGUUUGUAUGAUCCUAAUCAUUUGCACAUGCUGCAGGGGAUGAGGGUUUUCUUCAGCUCUAGUAAACUGUCACAAGACGGUAGUUUCAGAUCCUUCUCUUGUGUUUUUGAAGCCGUCAGUAUGUAUAAAGCAACAUGUGACUUGCAUUCCUUGAUUGUUUCAGUGUGCUGAGGUCUUUUGGGGGAAAUCAUGCUCUAAUGUGUACAUGUAAUUAACGGUUUCAUCCUCUUCACCUCUACAUUAUUAUUCUUUAUGAAUUUUGACUGCACAGAUUUAUUCUUUAAUAAUUGGAAAUUUCAAAUAUUUGAUGAUUUUCAUGUAUAAAAAAUACACACUUGUAUUGUUUUUCAAAACGCAUUCUGUUCUGGUUGUUAACGGUUUAAAAAAUGUGUUUAAAAAUUAUUCAGCAGUUUAUGAUUCUUAAGGUCCACUGUCCUGCGGUAUUUAUCUCCAACACUAAUCAAGCACACCUGCUUGUAAUCUCAAAGACCUGAUUAGCUUGUUCAGGUGUGUUUUACUGGGUUUGGAGCUAAACUCCUACAGGAGCAGAAUUGAAGAGCUAGUUACUGCUGUUAUCAUCACAAUGAAAUUGUGAUAACUUGAUAUUGACCACUAUUGUGAUCCGCAAAAGAAAUAAAGCAUCAAAAAGCUUCCAAACUUU